AUGCAAAGAGGAAUAUUUUCUCUUAUCAUCUAUCGAAACAAAAUGCACGAACACACGUGUAUGCAAAUGUAUUAUUGCUAUGCUAAGUCAACUAUCUAUCUAUCUAUCUAUCUAUCUAUCUAUCUAUCUAUCUAUCUAUCUAUCUAUCUAUCUAAUGUUAUUUCUUUCAUUUUUCUCUCUCUGUCUAUCAAAUCAUGUUUUUAUCUAUCCAUCUAUUAUCUAUCUAAUCUUAUCUCUCUUGUUUUAUCUCUCUCUUUCUCUAAUCCACUUUCUUUCAAAUCCCGCUUCUAUCUAUCCAUGUAUUAUCUAUCUCAUCUUCUUCUUCUUCUUCUUCUUCUUCUUCUUCUUCUUCUUCUUCUUCUUCUAUCUAAUCUUGUUCUUAUCUCCCUAUAUCUAAUCUCUAAUACACCCCAACACCCACCAUAUAUAUAUGCCCACAAUCUAUAUAUAUCGAUUCAUUUGAGUUUUGUGAUACAUUUUAGUUCUCUCUUUUUUCUUUUCUUUAUUUCCUUCUAUUUUUCUAUUUCUUUCUUUCUUUCUUUCUUUCUUUCUUUCUUUCUAAUCCAGUUUUUAUCUAUUUAUUACCUAUCGAAUGUUCUUAUCACUCUCGCUCUUUCUACUCGUUCCCGUCUCAUUUUCUUUAUUAUGUAUUAUUUAUAG